CAGCAGCUGCUUCCUGCAGUAAAAGUAACCCUGAGGGUGAGACGUCGGCUGCGCGGCCUUCCCGGGCUUCUGCGUUGCAGCCCCACAGCCCAACUUGCAAUCGGGAUACGUGGGGUGCGGGUAGAGCCUGAACUGUGUUUUCCUUCUCUGGUCUUCGCCCCUCAUGAGGCCAGGAAUAACCCAGUGCCACUUCUCCCACGGUUUUAGUUCCAGAGUUUGAGAACUGCAGCCUUAGGACUGACUGCCCACCCCCUUGUCGUCUCUGCACAGGCUUGGGUCAUGAGGUUUACCUGUUUGGGGUGGUCUGCUUUCUAGUCGUCAGCAUUGGCGGAGCGAGGAGAAAUAUCUGAGCGGCCCUUUGCCCUCAACUUUUUUCCAGGGGAGUUAAUUUCUUUUUUAAUUCCUUUCCCUGAGUCGCCUUAGAAAAGAAGCUACGUGAAAAGUUUAUUGCUCUUUCCUCUGCGUCUUAGUAACGCCACUCCUCUUCAGGAAUGAACCGGAAAUUCCUACGUAUGCUAACCCUCAAAGUAGUAAACUAAGGCCCUGUAAAUUUCGUUCUGAUCGAUUUUUGGUUUUCCAUUUUAAAAAGCUUGUAGUAAACCCUGGCAGGAAUUGAAGCCCAUACAAAGACUUUUUUCUAGAGUGUCUUUAAAUACUUUUGUCCAGUAAUGCAGUUCUUAAAAUCAACAAAAACAAUUUUAUGUAGAAAUGCGAAAGUGAUAGAAAAAGCUUCUCAAGAAGUAGAUCACUAAAUGCUUUUUGAAGUAAUCAGUGUAGGUUGAAUAGAGUUGGUGAAAAAGGGGCCACACAGACUUUUUGCUGAAGUUUCCAUGGGGAUACAUUUGACUUUUGAAACACUAGUAAAUUACGAGUGGCUCCCCAAGGAUUCCAGGACCCAGUGGUAAUGAAUAAAUCACAGUGGCUCCCGAAAGACUCCAAGACCCAGUGAUAGUAUCAUUCAUAGAGCUACUAGGUUAUCUAAAAGCGUUUGAUAAUAUUCUUAAGUUAAAACGCCGCAUUUGUGAAAUGCACAGAUUUUUAUGUGAAACAACCAUUUCAGUUGUGCUUAAACUAAUCAUCUCUGGGAGAAAAUUUUAUAUUGGACAUUAAAAAGUAGCCUAAGCUGUUACUUUUUGACGUUUGGGUUUUAUGAAGUAAAAUGUUUUAAAAUGCAAUAAUUGUUAUUUGAAUCAUACAUUGUUUUACAUAGAAAGGUAUGAAACACCAAAGAGAGUGCCGAAAUUGGAUUCACUGUCAUCUGUCUUCAGUUCUCCUAACGAUCCAGAUGGACUAAAUGAUAUCUUCUGGGAUCAAAAUUCUCCAAUGACAAAGCAGUUAGGUAAAGGAAGAAAAAACCAGAUUUACACCACAGAUAGUGAUGAGAUUUCACAUAUUGUUAAUCGUAUUGCUCCUCAGGUAAAUAUCACUAGUUUUAUAGUUUACCUUAAAACAGUGAAAAACGUGUCACAAGUCUGUGUGCAGCUCAUAAAUGAAAAAAUAAUAACAUUUUAUCUUUUACAAUUCUCUUUUCCAAAAAUAGGGCAGUAAAGAUCACUUUUACCUUUUCUACUUCCGAAAUGCACGGUUUGACAAAAGGAACAUACUAUGAAAUUGGAUGAAAAACCAACAACAAACUCCAUGUUGGGCGUGUGGAUUGGUGAAACUGCUAUUCCUUGUACUCCCAGUGUAGCAAAAGGGAAAUCAAGAGCAAAAAUCAGCUGCACUAAGUUAAAAACACAAAAUCAAGAAGAAGAGCUUAUGAAGUUGGCAAAGCAAUUUGAUAAAAAUAUGGAAGAACUGGAUGUGAUUCAAGAGCAGGACGAUAGGAAUUACAAUUUUAUCCAGGUGAUUUCAGAAACAGAGACCUUAAAUGAUUAUAAAGAUAAUGUAGAAAUGCAGUCAUUAUGUCAUAUAGUUCCCGAAAUAGAUACUGUUAUAAUAAAGGAGCCAAUGAGGGGAAACACCAAGAUAUCUGUGGGAGAUGAUCAAAAUAGCAGCCACAAGUCAUUUGACCAAAGUGUUGAAGCAGCCUUUAAUGCCAUUUUUGAUGCCUCCACUCAGAAAAGUUGUGGGCAAUUAAGCCAAGAUCUGCCUGAUUCUUUUUUGAACACCAGUAACACUACCUUUGGACAGAAAAGUACUUUGAAAGAGAAGAUCAUUACUAAUGAAACUCUGAUCAGUGUAAACAUGCAAAAUAAAACCCCGGAAUCACUUUCUUCUCAAGUAGAUACUCCCAUAAUAACAAAAUCAUGUGUGACUUCCUCUACUAAGGAGCCAGAAACUUCUAAUAAGCACAAUCAUCCAUUUGCUGCCAGUGAUUUUGAGGAGGAUUGGGAAAAAUUACUCAGAAAUGAACCUUUUGUGAUGCAAAACGUAGAAAUGCCUGAACUCCUUCCUGUGCCUAAAACAACUCAUGGUGCUGCUCACAAGGGUAUUUAUACUUUUAACAGGAAAAAUGAUAGAAGUCAAUCAGGAAUGAAUACAAAUCUAGAUGCCAGGCUAAGUGACUCAAAAAUUUUACCAGAUCGUCCUUCAAGGACAUAUAACAGAGAAUUAAUAGAUGCUGAAAAACAUACAUUUUUGCCAGACUCAAAUGAUAAACCAAACCGAUUAUCAUCCUCUAGAAAUAAAAUGAAAUUUGAGAAAUCUUUCAAUAAAGUUAUUAUUCAAAACAAAAUUCAGGAUUGUGCACUUGCAUAUAGUAUGGGAAAAAUAAAGGAAGAUACCCCUACUAAGUUUACUCCUACUAUAAAUGCUUCUGAAAAGAAGUCUGUUUUGAACACAGAAUGUUUUAAUGAACGAAAAUGUAAGCCCAUUUUUAGUCAGCCUUUUAAGACACCUGCUAAUACAGAUCUUUUUGGCUCUGCACCUUCAGCCAGUAAAACCAAAUCAGAUGGUCAGCCAAAUCAGGAUAAUGCAGCAGAUUUAGGCCCUUUCCUGGAUGACUGGAAUGAUCCAUCCUUUGCCAGUGAAGUUAUUAAAGCAUGUCAUCAAUUAGAGAACACCUGGGAAACAGAUGAUGUAGACGAUGACUUGUUAUACAAAGCAUGUGAUGAUAUCGAAAGACUAACUCAGCAACCUGACAUUAGAAAGGAGAGCAAGACAUCAGAAACUACAGUUGAGACCAAUAAUAGUUGGAAACAUGGAGCUACAAACAUGUGUACUACGUCUAAGCAGGGAAGUCGGUUGGUGCAAUCAAAGCAUUUGAAUCUGGGCAGCAUCACAGUGCAAACAUCUUCCUUGACAAAUAGCUCACAAAUAGAUAAAUCAAUGAAGAUGGAGAAAGGGGAAGCCUGUAGAAAUUUGCCAAGUAUUUCAGGUGCCACAACCAAUUUGACUUUGUACUCUAAGACCUCAAAUGAUGAGAUCAAAAAUAUGCAUGUCUCUUGGAAUAACACUGAUGUUCCGAAAAAAGUGAGUAGCUCCAAAUUGAUUCUUGCCCGAAGUUCAAGUUUGGAUGUGAGUUCAGGUCACAUGAGUUCAGUAAUUCCUACCACUAAUAAGAAAUUGAGUACCCAGCCUCUGUCUCACAGCACAGGGACAGAUGAAACGCAGACUCAUCUUCACAAAACAGUUAAAUUUUCAAAGUACACGUUCACCAAGAUGAAAAAUUCUCAGACUCGUUCUCAGUUUAAUCAAAAUUGUGCAAUAGGAAGUAUGUCUGAUACCAAAUUUACACAGAAUUUAGAGGAAAAUAAAACUCCACCUGUCAACGCAUUACAUGAGGAGGCUUUUCAACAGCAGCCUUUGACAGAACUCUCUGAAACUUUGAAACAACCUUCAAAAGAGGAAGAAGAGAAAAAUAGAAAAUGUUCUCCUGAAGAGAUUCAGAGAAAGAGACAAGAGGCACUGGUUCGAAGGAUGGCCAGAGCACGAGCAUCCUCCCUAAGUGCAGCUCCCACUUAACGUCUCUAAUGGCAUGUUGGUUGGAAGACUUACAAAGACUCUUGAUGACUAUCCAUGAUAGGAAAAAAAUUUUUUUUCUUGAUUUCUCUGUGAGAAAUUUAAUACUGAAUUAUAAAGCAUGGACUUCUUUAUUAUUUAAUAAAUCAGUGUUUGCAAUGGUAAAUGAAACCUUUCCUUGCAGAUGUACGUAAAAGUAAUCACAUGUAAGUUUUGAGAAUUCGAGAAAGUUAAUUAUGUACUAGAAUUUUACAGAGGGCAGCGAUUAUAUUUUUAAAUACUGUGAUUGCAGAGGGCCCUCAGAGAGUAGGCGGUCUGCUUCAUUUUUAUUGUGGUAAGUUUUUUCCUAAUACCACGCUUCAGCUUGCUAAGAUCAUAGGGACUAUUUUAUGUAGUUUUACUUUCAAUAACUGCUGCUUAAGUUUUUUUUACACAUUUCUGAAUUUUAAUACUUCCAUGUUUCUAGGAACAUGGUAGGAAAUAAAGGACUUAUUUAUUUGUAAAGAAAUUACUAAUUUUUUAAUAUUUUAAUAUUCCUAAACAUACGUUUUGAAAACUUUCCAAUAUUUUUAGGGAAUAAUACUCAUUUAAGUUACCUAGUUUAGAAAAAUAGAAAUAGUAGGUUGCCUGUAUAAGCAGUGUGGCAUCCUUGACGUUCUGACCUGGCUAAAAUCCCAGAGGUAUUCUGGUCGAGCUUUAUUAUUGUUUAGGUGAAAAAAUGAGUGCUGGGAAUCUCAAAGUCACAAGGCAGGUUGAAACCGUGCGGGGAGUAGGGUGAUGUCUUUGAAUGCCUAGACAGUUAUACCAUUUACUUCAGAGUAUUGGUACAUAAUUUGAGGGAACAUUAAUUAUUUUAUAGUAUAAAACUAAAAAAAAAAGUAAUUAGAAGCACAUUAAGGACUGUUUAAUAAUAAUGCUUAUUUCUACUUAUUUUAUAUUAAAGAAUUACUCUUUAGGAUAUAAAAUUGAAGGUCUUUUUUCUUUUGUUUUCCAUAACUAUGUAAUUUUUCUCCUUGAUUAAUAUACUGACUUUACUAAUUUCUUCUCUACUACUCCACCCCCCCCCCUUUUUUUUUUUUUACCUGUUUGGAACUUGCUGAGCAAAAAAUAGAAAUCUAACCAGGGGGCACAAGCAGGAAAGGCAUUUUAUUACUCCUACAUGACUUCUGAAGAAAAUUACAGAUGGGAAGCACCUAUCAUAGUAUUUACCACUAUUCAGAUACCUCAGAUCUGUGGUAAUACAGACAUAAUUAUACCCAUUUUAAGUUAUUGCUGUGUAAGCAUAUGUCAUUUUCUAAAUUGUACUUUCACACACACAGUGGAGUAACACAUACUGAAACCCAUAAACCCGUUGCCAUUGAGUCAAUUCCGACUCACAGCAACCCUAAAGGAUGGAGUCGAGCUGCCCCAUAGGGUUUCCAAGGAGCGCCUGGUGGAUUCCAACUGCCGACCUUUUGGUUAGCAGCUGUAGCUCUUAACCACUACACCACCAGAGCUUCCAAACACAUACUAGGUUACCUUUAUUACUUGUUUAAGGAUACAUAGUAACCUCAGUAAAUAUAGGUCAUUUUCUAUGUAAGAAAAUGAAGAACUGAGACUGAGAACCUUUAUCUUUCCCUAAAGCGUCUAUACUGUGUUCUGCUCCUGCUUUGGAUAUCUAUCUCUUUGCUUAAGCUCUUUCCUGCUUACCAUUUGCUUCCUUUGAAGUGCCUUUAGCUUGUUUUUUGUUUGUUCAUUAAUACUCAGCCUGGUCAGUCUCAGUUUCUCUGAAACUUAGCUGAGCCGCCUCCCUGGAAUUGAUUUCUUCUAUCUGAUCAUGAUGGUAUUAUUCCUUGUAUUAUUCAUAGGGCAGUUCUAUAACGCUUUAUGUGUUCUGUUUUGUAUGUCUUAUAGUAGUGUUUCUAAAACUUAUCAUUUGGUGUCUCUUUCGUUUUUUUGCCCUCUUCUCAUACAGCCUAUACUGUUAAUUACGUGAUAGUUUUCUUAAAAGUCAUCUCCGUUCUCUUUAAAAGGAAACUUUAUAGCAAUUCUGGAUGGUGGGUGGUGUAGUGGCCCAGGACAUCUGAACCUGACCAUGUUUGGGUUUUUAGGAUUACUCCUGCUGUUCAUAACACUCUGUUUUUCAAUCCUCUGAUCCGUCUUCUUUAUCCAUUGUUGGAAACACCACAGGUUGAAUGGCUCGUGAAUGAGCAAGCAGAAGGCUGCCUAAAUAGUUUGGCUUGGCUCUUUUCCAGUCUCAGGGAAUCUGUCUCCACAGUGAGAUGGGACAACUGGUAGGCCUGGGAGCUCUGCUCCAGCCCAAGCACCAUUGCUGUUUCUGUGUCUCAGGUUCACCUUAGAAAGACUGAUGCCAAUAAUGCCAUUAUUGCAGGGACGAGCUUAUUGCAGAAUAAAUCCUACUCUUAUUACUCUUUUCCUGCUGCAGAUAGGCAGCCCUGAUCCCAGAAAGACUUGGAUUGCUUAUUACAGUCUUAGUCAGUGGCAUGCAGAUAACAUACCACAUCUUGGGAACCACUGCUUUAUCUCAUUAUACAUUAUCCUAUUGUCACUAGCUUUUUGAGUUAGUUUUUUAAACUUCUUAAGUUCGUUGGUAAGAGACACCGUACUCAUCUCUGUCCAUCCAAUACUGAUAGUAGUUACUUAUGAAACGUUGAAUGGAUUUGGGCAGCUUUGCCCCACUUGAAGCAACUUGACUUUGCUUCUCUGAGUUUAAGAGUUGAAAAUCUUUCUAGGAACAGUUUAAAUUUUUUUAUUAAACAUUUAAAUAGGACUGUACUGUCGUGGCCAACUAUACUGUCAUCUAUAGAAACUUCACAAGAACUAGUGGCCUAUAGAAAUUACCCAAAUCUACAGGAAGUGUAGCGUUUCAGGCACGGUGCCAAAACUGGCAUGAGAAUUCUGUAGUUCCCUUAAUUUUAUAGCUCAGGAGAAUUGUCUCUUAAUUCCAACUUCUGUUACAAAUUAUUCCUGUCUUUUAUAUGACAGUGGGUGGGUGUAUGUGUGUUGAUUAUAUAAAUCCACAGUCACUUUUUUAUAUUAUUAAACAGAGAAAUACAUAAGAUGUAUAGCUAAUCUAAAAUGUCUUCAUUGCGCUUUAUUAUUUUAGUAAAGCCUGGGUGUUCUGGUUUUAAAUUAUUGGGGAAAACUUUAUUGCCUGCCAGUGGCAAACCUCAAGCUGCUAGUAAAACUUGGGUCCUGGUAAUAAAAUUAAAGUUUCUGGUUAGAUGCACACUAUAUAGAGCAGUGGUAUUCAAACUUCUUAGUCUUGGGCCCUUUUUACAGUCUUACAAGUGGAGGACCCCAAAAAGCUUUUGCUUAUAUGUGUUAUAUCUACUGAUAUUUACCAUAUUAGAAAUUGAAUAUUUGUUGGUUUAUUUAAAAAUAAAAUCAUUAAAUGUUAACAUGUUUCUGUGAAAUUAAUUCUCUAAAACAAAAAAUUUAACGAGAAAAGUAGCAUUGUUUACAUUUUUGGCAAAUCUCAUAUCUGAUUAUAGAAGACAGCUAGAGCCAUAUGUUUCUACGUUUAACUUGUUGCAAUAUGUCGUUAUGGUUGAAGUAUAUGAAAAAAGCCCAGUCUCACAUAGAUACAUAGUUGGGAAAAGGAUAAGUAUUUUAAUAGUCUUCAGAUAAUUUGGAUGUCGCCAAAACCUGAGAAGUGGCAAUUUCUUAAAAGUUAGUUGUGACUUUUGUUACUAGCUGAGAUGGAAUAGCAAAGAGUGGAUUUACCCUUCCUACUGAAACAGCCAAAUUCAAAACAAAAACAAAAAACCUGAUAACCUACAUUAAAAAUGGAUUUCAAGAUCACUUCAACAAAUGAAUUGAGCCCUAAAAUUUCUCCAGCUUUCUGGGCUGUGAUGCAAGGAAGGGGAACUGAGACAGAACCUAGCAGACUCUCUAAGUUGAGGAAAUGGAACUGAGAGUCAGGAGAGACCAAGACAGAGCUCACAGGACAGAGGACCAGUGAGGAGAGAGUACACAGAAUUCCAGAGGUCUAUAGAGAAACCCUCGAGCAUUUAGCUCAACUAAUCAAUGCAUGUAUGUGAAGAAAGGCAUAUGAAAGGAUUAGAAGGAUCAGUGUCUGGUGCUUACAUGGGCCUAAUAACAGCGCCUGUUCCCACAAGCCGCAGGGGACUGGGUAGUUCUUGCUUCAGUAAACCAAGACAAAACCAAACCCUUUGCCAUUGAGUCGAUUCCAACUCAUAGUGACCUUAUAUGUUACAGAGUAGAACUGCUCCAUAAGGUUUUCCUGGCUGUAAUCUUUAUGGAAGCGCAUCACCAGCCUUGGAGCAUCCAUGGAGCUGCUUAGUGGAUCCUAACCAACAACAGUUGACCAGAAACUGUGUGUGCCACCGGAACUGCCUCAUAAAAAAGGAAAGUAACUAGCCUUAUAUUGAGCACUGCUAUGGCCCCUACCCAGCAAAUCAUAAAAACAAGAUCCAAAAGAAUCAAAUGCAUAACUGCAUCCUAGAAGAAAGGUCAAAAAUAUUCAUAGGAAAAUAAAAAAAUAUCCAGCACCUAAUGAGAUAAAUUUUACACUAUCUGGCGUCCUAUUAAAGAUCAGCAUGCAAAGAAAAAAAACAUCAAUGUUAAUACUAAAUUAAAGCUGACUUAGAGCUGACACAGAUGUUAGAAAUAACAGAUAAAGACAUUAGAAGUUAUUAAUACUGUAUUCUAUGUUUUCAAGAAGUUAAGUAGAAACGAGGAUAUAAAAAGGACCGAAAUAGAACUUCUGGAGAUAAAAAAUAACAAUGAGGUAAAAAAUACGCUAGGUAGGAUUAAUGGCUGAUUAGACUUCACAAAAGAAAAGGUUACUGAGCUUGAAGACAGCAAGGGACAUUAACCAAAAUGAAGCAAAGGAAAUUUUUGAAAAGAGCAUCAGUGUACUGUUAAAUUCAAGCAGCCUAUUUUAUGGUUAAUGGGAGCCACUGAAGGCGUUAGGUGUGGAAAGUAAUAAUUGCUAAAAGCUUCCAAACUUGAUGAAAAAUAUAAACCCACAGAUCUAAAAAGCUAGACAAACCCCAAGGACAAGAAAACGUGAAUACGAUACCAAGCCACAUCAUAUCUAGUAAUAAAGGGAAAAUCUCAAAAGUAGACAAAAAGGCAUGCUACAGACAGAGGAAAAAAGAUGAGUACCAGAUUUCUCACCAGAAACAAUGCAAGUGAAAAGAGUGGAAGAGACAUCUUUAUCGAAAGAAAAAAAUGUCAGUCUAGAAUUCUGUACCCAUUAAAGGUACCUUUCAAAAAAAAACGUAAAAUAAAAGUUUUUAUUCAGACAUGCAAAAGCUACAAGAAUCCAUCACGUGCACACAAGAAAUAUCUAAAGGAAAUCUUUCACACAGAAAAAAUACUAGAUGGAAAUAUGGAUCUAAGCAAAGGAAUGAUGAGCACCAAAAAUGGUUAACACGUGGGUAAAUACAGUAAAACCUGUGAAAGCUAGAACUCGGGUAAGGUGGAAACCUGUCAGAGAAGGAAAACUCAUCCCAUAUUGUAAGUUAAAUGGCAAGAAGGGAAGGCAAUCAUUGUUCUAAUUAUUCUUUAUACAAAAAAUUAAAAUACUUUAAUUCUUGGUGCUUCUGAUACUUUAAAUUCUAGUGUACUAAAUUAAAUA